GACGAGACCACACCAAAACCUCACCUCACCUCAAAUGUCGCGAGUGAAGUGACCCUUGCGAGCUUAGUUCCAAACUGUGUUGUGAAUAUGGCGGCUAUCUGGACUCCGCCGGACAUAGCGCCGAUAUGCGCUGAACAGAACGCGCCCCUAACACAAUGUUCGCAAACAGGAUUUAUGUUCCUAGCUUUAGUGACCCAGUUAUUUGGAGGAUCACCUGAUGCCAGACAGGGUUACUAUGGCGAAUUCACGAACGGAAUCAAUGGAUUUGGUGUGACUUCGAGUGUGAAUCCAGUGGAAACCAGCAUUUUUGGACCGCGUGUACCUCUCGGACCCACAGCACAACCAGUCCCUAGUUUAGGCCCAUUGACUAAUCAAGCAUUUGGAAAAGUCGAAACUCAUUUUUACGGGAAACCAGACUUGCAAUCCAAAUUCGAAUUUCAGUACAAGAAUCCGUUUGCGAAAGCUGAUACAUCCGGACCGAUUUUCGAUUUCAAUUUUGUGAAUAAAGGAUUUUAUGAUACUGACGCGGCUGACUCUAAGAAGGUUACAGCUGCUACUCCAAUGGAGAAAAAGGAAGAGAAUAGUAGAAAGAAAAGGUCAAAGAGACAAGCAGCUGAGGAAUAUGACUUCAUAAUAGUCGGCGCUGGUUCCGCUGGAUGUGUUUUGGCUAAUCGUCUGUCGGAAGUUAAAAAAUGGAAGAUCCUUCUUCUGGAGGCGGGACCAGAGGAGCCCGAUGUGACGAGCGUGCCAGCCUUCGCCCCGACCCUGGCGAGAUCCAAUAUCGACUGGAACUACAACACCCAGCCUGAAGAGCUGACUUGCAGAGCUCAUAGGGGAGGAACUUGUCCCUGGAUUAGAGGCAGGACUAUGGGAGGAUCGAGUGCUGUCAACUUCCUCGUGUACAUAAGGGGUAACAAGAGGGAUUACGACGAAUGGGCUGACCUUGGUAACCAUGGAUGGAGCUAUCAUGACGUGUUACCGUACUUUAAGAAGGCGGAGAACAACCGCGAUGUAGAAGCUCACGACAAGUAUCAUCACGCCGUCGGUGGACCCCUCAACGUGGAGAGAUUCUCAUACGUCGACGUCAAUACUAUGAUGCUUGUUCAAUCGUUCAAAGAAAGAGGUCUACCCGUAACCGAUUUUAAUGGUCAUCACCAAAUUGGAACUGAUAUCGGCCAAUCAACAUCCAAAGAUGGUCGCAGAUGGUCAGCUAACGUUGCUUAUAUACGACCUAUUCGAGGCAAAAGACCAAAUUUACAUAUUAUGCCUGAUACCUUUGUAACUAAAGUUCUAAUCGAUCCUCAUACAAAAACUGCUAUUGGCGUAAAUUAUGUAAGGAACGGUGCUUUUUACUCAGUUUACGCCAGGAAAGAAGUUAUUCUUAGCAGUGGAUCGAUAAACUCUCCAAAAAUACUGAUGUUAUCUGGUAUAGGACCUAAAGAACAUUUGUUAGAUCUGAAUAUCCCAGUACAUGCAGAUUUGAGAGUGGGCUAUAAUCUUCAAGAUCACGUUACUACAGAUGCAUUGAUUAUGGGAUUGUCAAACAAAACAUCUACUUUGGUAGACGGACAGGAACUGAUGGAUGAAGUUUAUGAGUACUAUUCUCAGCAUCCAAAAAAGCAUAGUCCUUUAGCUACAACGGCGACUUUGAAUGCGAUCGCGUUUAUUAAGACUGGUUUUAAAAACCGUGACGUUCCCGAUAUACAGUUUCAUUUUGAUGGUCGUAACGUGCAGGAGUUUUACUCGGAUCCUACUACUUACAUGGCAGCAAACAUGUUCCCUCUAUCUUUCUACGACGGUAUAGCAGCCAGACCUUUGCUCUUGACUCCAAAAAGCAGAGGUUUUAUAUUACUGAACAGCACUGAUCCAGUAUUUGGUCCACCGUUGAUUUAUCCAAGGUUCUUCACUGUGAAGAAAGACAUGGAUACUUUAAUAGAGGGGAUACGUUUUGCUGUUAGUUUGGAAGAAACUGAAGCUUUCAGAAGAUCUGGCGCUAGUUACGUUAGGGUGCCAGUUCAGGGUUGUGUUGAGUACCCUUGGGGUACUUACGAAUAUUUUGCAUGUCUGUUAACCCAUUAUACGUCUACGAUAUAUCACCCAGUGGGAACUUGCAAGAUGGGUCCCAAAUGGGAUCAUGAAGCAGUAGUAGACCCCAGAUUAAGAGUCUAUGGUAUUAAGAAGUUGAGAGUUAUAGAUUCCUCGAUAAUGCCGCUAAUAGUUAGGGGUAAUACAAAUGCUCCUACAAUCAUGAUAGGUGAAAAAGGUUCAGAUAUGAUUAAAGAAGAAUGGUUGACUUUUCAUCAAUGAAAAUUUCCUUUGGACGUAGAAAAAUAUUAUAGUAGUAAAAAUAAAAUGCCUAAAUGCAACUACAAAAGCCAGCAUAAAGGAUUAAAUUAUGAAAAUGAUGUCAAGAAAAUAAUUGUUAUUGUUUUGUAACGAGU